UCUUUAAAAUCCUUGUCACCCCCUCGGCGUGUGGAGUGGUUCGGUCCAAAACUUGAGCUGUUCCGCGGGAAGCUGUUCAGGUCCAGCUGAGCUAACAGCAAAACCUGGAACAUUAUGAGAAAGCGCAAAGGGACCAACGGGCCGCCGGCUCCAGCGAAGCGGACCCAGACUUCUUCUCCCAAUCUGUCUUCAUUGGACUCAGAGAGCUUCUUCAAAGGACUGCAGCAGAAUGACAGUAACCCUCUUCACAGCACCGCCUUGGAGGACCACGAGGACGUCCAGGCAGAGGGACAGUUGCGCCGGAAUCCAAAAGAAAGGGAGGAGAGUCGUGGCGGCAAAAACCAGGGCGCUGCCGCGAAGAGGAAGCCGGCAGGAGGAGGAGGUGAGGAGGAGCAGAGGAGGAAGAGCAGGACCGAGACUGGAGGGAAAGGGAGAAGGGUUUCUCUUUCCUCUGGAGCGGCUCAGAGGCGGCAGCAGGAGGAGGACGAGGGAGCGAGAGAAUCAGCUGAUGAGGAGGUGAUGGAGUCUGAGGAGUCUGACCCGGUUGAAGCUCGGAAGAACAGCAGAGCGCUCCUUUCCUCCGAUGACCAAAGCCCUGAAGGCAGCAUCUGGGGCCCAAGUCCAAAGAGGACACGGAGGCAGCUUCUGGGAAGAAAGCCCAAAGGCAAGUCGGCUGCAGCUCCUAAAAGAGCCGGCGAUGGCGGGCGUAAGGAAGGCAGGCGUGCCGGCCGGGCAGUGACCCAGUUGGAGGUGGUGCUGGACGCCGUGCUGGAUUUCUGUCAGCAGUACAGAGAGACGGUGGAGUCGGCGGCGGUCCGAGGGGCCAUUGACUUUUUCUCCGACAGCGUCAGAGCUCGGCUCCUGGAGAAGAUCUCGUCUUUUAAGGAUCUGAGGUCCGUAAAAAGAGACAACACCAAGGUGGGCUCUUUGAUUGAAGCCAAGAGGCUGCGGCUGCUGAACAGCAAACAGGAGCUGAUGAGAGCGGAGAGGCAGGUGAUGCUGCUGCAGAAGGAGAAGGCUGAGCUCCAGCAGAGACUGGCUGACCUAAGAAGAGGCCAGGCUUUACUCCACGACAUCCGAGAGCUCACCGCACGUCACCUGCGGCAGCGACGCAAGCAGCCCGCUACCAAAGAGACGUAUGGAGCAUCCAGUCUAGCGGCUCUGUUGCUGGAAGCAAAGCUGCCUCAGAGACCCAGCAAUCCUCCCCUAAGGGUCACCGGCCGGUCCAAGAAGAGCGCUCCAAAAUAACCAGCCGGUCCUUUAUGUGUAUACAGCAUUUUACAACUACGAUGUAAAAUCUCUGUAUCUAUGAGAUAAAGAAUUUAAUAAAUAAUUCUCACGAUA